UUCAGUACAAAUUUAUUAUGAUUAGUUGGAACCCCAAACAUGCGUACAUAAAUGUCAAAAUUUUUGUUCGUGUUUAUUCAAAAAACACCUGGCUUUCUGCAGACGAAACACAUUUGCACCAAAAUGUCUAAAAGAAAUGUAUUUCACAAAACACCAAAAUUCAAACCAGAUAUGAGGAAUUCAACUGGCCGUUGCCGUUUAGCGCAGGAAGUGCAGUCAAUGUUUAAGAAGGAGAAAGUUGAAGUUCUGCCUGCUCCCAUCAAGUCUGAGGCUGAUAAUAAAUUAUACAAAACCAUUCGUCUGGAAAAUGGCCUGACUGCAUUAUUGAUAUCAGACCCCAGUCGGCCCCCUGUGACAGAUGGGCUUAGUUCCAGCGAGGAAGAGUCCAGUGGCUCUGAUGAAACCACAGGCACUGAAAGUGAUGGAGAACACUCAACUCACUCUGCCACCAGCGACCAUCAUGGUACUAAACACAGGACAGAAUUUGAUGAGGAGAAGCUGUCUGCCUGCGCCUUAUGCGUCGGCGUGGGCAGCUACAGCGACCCGCCAGACAUUCAGGGGUUGGCGCAUUUCGUCGAGCACAUGGUCUUUAUGGGAAGCGAGAAGUACCCCAAGGAGAAUGAGUUCGAUUCCUUCAUUAAGAAAAAAGGCGGUUCAGACAACGCGGCGACAGACUGCGAGUUGACGACUUUCUACUUCGAGAUCCAGGAAAAGUAUCUGCCCCAAGCCAUGGACAUGUUCAGCCAGUUUUUCGUCAGUCCGCUUAUGCUCAAGGAAGCCAUGCAACGCGAGAGAGAAGCCAUCGAGUCAGAGUUUUCGCUAGCAACGCCGUCUGACACGAAUCGCAAAGACCAGCUACUCUCCAGCCUGUUCCCGGAAGGCCACCCCGCCAGGACUUUCACAUGGGGCAACAUAAGGAGCUUAAAAGAUGAUAUACAAGACGAUGAGAAACUGCAUAAGGCUGCGCAUGAGUUUAGAAAGCGGCAUUAUAGCGCACAUAGGAUGACGGUCGCUGUUCAGUCGCGUAUGGACCUACCAGAUUUAGAACAGUAUGUUGUCAACACGUUCGGGCGGAUCCCCUCCAACAAGAGUCCUCCAGACGACUUCACUGCGUUCUCGUACACGCCGGCCUCCGUCACGCCGGAGUUCACCAGCAUGUUCUACAUGAAGCCAGUCAGUGAAGUUACAGAGCUCCAUUUAACAUGGUGUAUGCGGUCGUUGAUAUCGGAAUAUGAAUCCAAACCGCACCAGUAUAUAUCGUACUUACUCGGACACGAAGGCAAGGGCAGCCUGCUUUCCUAUCUUAGAAAGAAAGUAUGGGCACUGGGCAUAUACACAGGUAACUCGGAGAGUGGAAUAGACUACACGUCCAUGCAUAGUCUGUUCCUUACACAAGUGGUCUUGACCAAAGAGGGACUCGACCAUAUAGAUGAGGUUUUAGAUGCAAUAUUUUCUUACAUAAACAUGCUGAGACAGCUGGGUCCAUCGGAACGAAUUUUUGAAGAAAUUAAGACAAUAGAAGAAACAAGUUUCCGGUUCGAACAGGAGUCUCAGCCCAGCGAUUACGUAGAGUCACUGGCGAACAACAUGCAGUACUACCCGCCUCAGCAUUACAUCACCGGCGAUAGGCUGUAUUACAAGUACGACCCUAAGGGCAUCACGGAACUGCUGGACUGCAUGCGUCCGGACACAGUGAACAUAUUGAUCAUGUCCAACAAGCAUUCGAGGCCGGUACACUAUGACCAGAAGGAGAAGUGGUUCGGCACAGAGUAUAGAAGAGAAGAAAUCCCAGCGACCCUAAUCAGCCGUUGGACAACAGUAGAGCCGUACCCUCAAUUCCACCUUCCCGAGAAGAACAUAUACAUCACCACUAACUUCGAUCUGGUGCCGCCUGCGCACCCAUACAUUGAGGCAGCUGAAGAACUGGGCUUGGAGUUGGCUAAUGCUACGGCGAAAGAUAUUUAUAACAAGAUGAAGGGACGGAAACCAGAUACGAAAGUGUUGAAGAGGGGCGAUCUUAUAGCUACUGUUAAUAACUUCAGACUGGAUCAACCUAAUUUAAUCCGCAAGAAUCGCAAUAUGGAGCUGUGGUACAAGCCCGACUUCAAGUUCCGCUUCCCCACCGCUCUGCUCUACUUCUACUUCAUCACGCCACUCAGCUUGAAGUCGCCAAGAGAAGCCUGCAUGUUAGACUUGUGGAAUGAUGUUCUACAGCAAGGUCUGAAGGAAGAUGUGUAUCCAGCCAACAUGGCGGACUUGGAACACGCUAUAUAUGUGGCCGACAAAGGGGUGGUGUUGAAAGUCAUCGGAUACAGUCAGAAUUUGCAUCUGCUAGUGGAGCUGAUCUCCCGCGAGAUGCGGCUGGCGGGCGCCUCGCUGCAGCAGUCGCUGUUCGAGGCCGUGCGCGAGGUGCGCGCGCGCAGCUACCACAACAUGCUCAUCAAGCCGUACAAACUGGCCAAGGACAUGCGCAUGAACGUGUUACUGAGCCCGUACAUCUCGCCGCGGGACAAGGCGGCCGCCGUGCACAACAUCACGCUGGACGACCUCAAGGAGUUCAGCGACCGCCUGCUCAGCAGGAUGUAUGUGCAGGUGCUGAUGCAAGGCAACCUGGCGUGGUAUGACGCUAUCCGGAUCUCGGAGAUGGUGGUCCACAAUAUCAAGUGGGAAGGGCUUUCUGAAGAGGAGUUGCCUGCGUUGCACGUGCAUCAACUCCCACUGGGCGAGAAGAAAAUCCGGGCUUUGAACCUUAACCCGAUGUCUCCCAACAGCAUGGUCGCCAACUACUACCAGGGCGAGCUCUCCACACCUAAAGACACCGCCACUUUGGAAGUGCUCAUGAUGCUCAUGGAAGAGCCAGUGUUCGACGUAUUACGCACCAAAGAGCAACUCGGGUACAGCGUGUUCUGUACGAUGCGGUACACGUUCGGCGUGCUCGGUUUCUCAGUCUCUGUGGACGCGCGUGCUGAUAAACACAGCGUAUCGUACGUGGACAGCAGAAUAGAGGCGUUUCUGAAGAAAUUCGCGCGAGACAUGCGCAAGCUCAGUGAAAACUCUUUGGCGGCCACCAAACAUGCGCUGGUGCAACUCAAACAUACCACAGACUACGAGCUCAAGGAAGAGGUCGAAAGGAACUGGCGGGAAGUCGUGAGUCGAGAAUAUCAGUUCCAGAGGUUAUUCACUGAGGCUGAGGCCAUAGACAAGAUCAAGCUAUCUGACAUCAGGGGCUGGGUCGACAACCACUUCCUCAUCGGGAACCGAUCGCAGUUCAGGAAGCUAUCUGUACAGGUAAUGGGCCACAAGGCAGGCGCGGACAACACUACCUCCGAAGCGGUCAAAGACUACAAACUAACUCUGCUGGACGCCAGCGAGCCCUUGGGUGAUUCCCCGGAAAACAACAGCGACUUUAUAACGGAUCUAGACAGGGUUAAAUCGACACUGCCUAUCAUAGAUGUGCCUAAAGUAGACUUAGCUCAGUGUUAGUGAGGCUGUGAUGCCAAUUGAGUAUUGUAAUUCAAUAUGUCAAAAAAAGAAAUAGUCUACUGGAAUUCCUAUGUAUACCUUCCUACGCACCGUGAUUUUAUUUAUGACAUACUCUCCAGUUUUACUUCUUCAAAUAAUUUAAUCUAGUUCAUAUAUACAAAAUGUGCAUUGCGCUCAUCGUAGCAGGUGUAGGCGCAGCUUCUGCCAUUAGACUUGUGACGAAAUGUUGAUUUUAAGUUACUUAUACAAUUUUAGAUAGGGUAGCAAAAUUAAAUUGACUCAAUAUUUAGUUACAAGUCAUAAUGUAUAAUAAUUGACUGUAAUAUAUCCUGAUGACUAUAGUAUGAAGAUGCAUUAAUCUAAUAAAACUAAUACUUAGUUUAAUGCAUUGUAAUAUCAUUUUAUAUAUUAAAAUGCAUUAAACUUAAAUAAAUGUAUCGAAAAACGUAGACUUAAACAUAGAAACAGAAUGUAUUUGUAAAUAAAGACGUAUUAUAUUAAAAACUUAAUAUAUUAUGUUCACUGUUUACAUUUAUUGUUAUAAAUUUAAAUAAUGACUAGAGCUCAAUGUUUUGACCGUAGAACAAUUUAUACAUACAUACAUACAUACAUAUGAUCACGUCUAUAUCCCUUGCGGGGUAGACAGAGCCAACAGUCUUGAAAAGACUGAAUGGCCACGUUCAGCUAUUUGGCUUAAUGAUAGAACCGAGAUUCAAAUAGUGACAGGUUGCUAGCCCAUCGCCUAAAAGAGGAAUCCUAAGUUUAUAAGCCCAUCCCUUAGUCGCCUUUUACGACAUCCAUGGGAAAGAGAUGGAGUGGUCCUAUUCUUUUUUGUAAUAGUGCCGGGAACCACACGGCACCAAUACUGAACAAUAUAAACAAUAAUCAAAUUCAAUGUUUUGUUCUAUAGAACCUUAACGUAACAAAAUUAGAUAACAUUUGAGUAAACCAUUGAGUGAGCAAAAUCAUUACGUUAUUAGAAAAAAAUAGCGAUUAAAAUUUUUU